AAGCAGCGUGCAGGGGACUCAGUGACCAAGGCAAUCAUCUGCGAAAAAGCCAAGGCCUUGCACGCUGACCUCCUCAAACAACAGCCAGGAAUGUCAGCAGAUGCAGAAGGCUUCAAGGCCAGCAAGGGGUGGUUCAAAAGGUUCAAGACCAGAUCUGGCAUCCACGGUGUGGUCAGGCAUGGAGAGGUUGCAAGUUCCAAUGUUGCUGCAGCUGAGGAAUUUGCUAUGGAGUUCCUGGAG